GCCCUCCCCACACGCCGGCACGUCCUGAUACCCGAGAAAUGGAGUCCGUGCUGGCGGUGGCCGCCGUUGGCGGUCUAGUCGCUGCGCUCGCCGAGAGGGCCAGCAACAAGAACCGCCUCAACUUGCCCCCAGCUGUGCCUGGUUUGCCUGUUAUUGGGAACCUUCAUCAGUUGAAAGAGAAAAAGCCUCAGCAGGCCUUCACGAAAUGGGCAGAAGACUACGGGCCGAUAUACAGUAUAAAAACCGGUGCUUCUUCUGCGUUUGUGCUCAAUUCAACCGAAGUUGCCAAAGAGGCUAUGGUUGAAAAAUUCUCAUCCAUAUCUACUCGGAAGCUAGCUAAGGCAGUGUCGAUUCUCAGUCGUGACAAGAAGAUGGUUGCCGGAAGCGACGACAGUGACUUCCACAAAAAUGGGAAGCGCCAUAUCGUGAUGAGCUUGCUGGGUUCUUCUGCCCUGAAACAAUUUCGGGGCGCAAGGGACACCACGAUCGAUAACAUGGUGAGCACUUUUCACACAAUGGUGUCUGAUGACCCAAAUUCUCCUCUCAACUUUCGGGAUGUUUUCACGAGUGGGCUAUUCGGCCUAUCUGUGACUCAGGCUUUGAGUGAGGACGUGAGCUCGAUCUACGUAGAAGAGUUUGGGAAGGUUAUAUCGAGGGACGAGAUCUACCAGGCCACUGUGCUUGACUUCAUGUGGUGUGUUCUUGAGGUCGACUGGAGGGACUUCUUCCCGUACCUCAGCUGGGUUCCAAAUAAGAGCUUUGAAACAAGAGUGCUUACUACAGAAGCCAGGCGAACUGCAGUGAUGCGAGCCCUGGUCAAUCAGCAGAAGAAAAGAAUUGCACGCGGAGAGGCUAGGAUGUCCUAUCUGGACUACCUGUUAGCAGAAAAUAAAGAGCUGACCGAUGAGCAAUUGACAAUGCUGAUAUGGGAGGCAAUCCUAGAAGCUGCAGAUACUACUAUGGUCGCAACCGAGUGGGCCAUGUAUGAGCUAGCCAAGAAACCAGAAAAACAGGAUCGCCUGUACCAGGAAAUUCGGGAGGUCUGUGGCAACGAGACAGUCACCGAGGAACACCUGCCACGGUUGCCCUACCUGAACGCCGUGUUCCAGGAGACAUUGAGGAGGCACUCUCCAGUUCCACUACUGUUCCCAAGAUUUGUCCAUGAGAACACCAGCUUGGCAGGCUACGACGUUCCAGCCGGCACAGAGGUGAUCAUCAACGUGUACGCGUGCCACAUGAACGAGAAGGACUGGGACGAGCCCGAGGAGUGGGAGCCGGAGAGGUUCCUGGACGGCGGCAGCUUUAGCUCUGAGAAGACGCACAAGACGAUAGCGUUCGGCGCGGGGAGGAGGGUCUGCGCCGGCAUCAUGCAGGCGACGAGCAUCGCGUGCACGUCCAUCGCGAGGUUCGUGCAGGAGUUCGCCUGGAAGCUCAAGGAAGGCGACGAGGACAAGGUCGACACCGUCCACGUCACGGCCUACAAGCUCGACCCUCUCUGCGCCUACCUCACGCCGAGAGGGAGGAACUGAAGGAAUAGCAUGCAGUUCUACCUACGGCAGGUUGCUGUACAAAGAUCUGCAUUGGGGGAUUUUCUUUUCAGACGAGAUGAAUCUAGGGUGUUGGAUUGAGAUUGUACGGCUGGCUCUUUUUCUUCUUCCUCCGGUUCAGCUUUGGUCCGCACGCAGAAAAUAAAUUUGUGUAUCUUUUCC